CCGUAGCGUAGCAACGUUGCUUUCGCAGUACUUCAAAUGGCUGAGAAGCAAUCUCAGAGACAGAAUCACAGAACCGGAGAGAAAAAGAUAGAGAGAGAAAUUCAUUGACCGCCAUUGAAGCACACACUCAUUUUCUCCAAUUUCCACUCACAACUCCUCCAAUUACCACAAUUCAGGUGCCUACGGUUCAAUUGGAUCUUCUACGGUUCCACUCUGCGUUUUGUUCGCUCAAUGGAGCAAGCUCCGGGAGGAUUGCGCGGAUCCGUGCACGACGGCACCACACUCGACUCCAUUCAAUUCAACGAAGAAAUUCAGGGAAUCAUGGCGCCGGAAAACGCUAGCUCCUUCACCGCGCUGCUCGAGCUCCCCCCCACGCAGGCGGUGGAGCUCCUUCACUCGCCGGACUCCGACAACGCCGCCGCUCGCAAACCGCCUAAUUGCCACGUCAGCGCGAAUCAGAAGCCCUUCCAGCUCAACUCUUUCGGCACCACCAAUUUAACUUUCCCUUCCAACGCCGCCUUAAUCGAACGCGCCGCCAAGUUCUCCGUGUUCGCCGGCGAUAACUCGCCACCGCCGCCGGGAGACGCGCGCCUGGUCCCGGCCGCGUCCGGUUGGAAUUUGGUGAAGAACGAGCCGCAAGAGACCGAUUCGAACCCGUCCUCGACGCAUGGUUGCGUUUCGGAUCCCGCGGUCGAGAACAAGAAUCAGAGGACCGCGAAGAGGAAGGAGCGAGAGAAGAAGGUAACGGUUAAAGGAUCGUCGAAGAAGAGUAAGAGCGCCGCCGAUGAUACUUCCGGUGACGGCGAGAAGCUUCCCUACGUCCACGUUCGAGUUCGUCGAGGUCAAGCCACAGACAGCCAUAGCUUGGCAGAAAGGGCUAGGAGAGAGAAGAUCAAUGCUCGCAUGAAGCUUUUACAAGAGCUGGUCCCAGGCUGCGACAAGAUAUCAGGAACGGCAAUGGUUCUGGAUGAAAUCAUAAACCAUGUGCAAUCUCUACAGCGUCAAGUGGAGAUCUUAUCGAUGAAACUGGCAGCAGUUAACCCAAGAAUUGAUUUCAGCCUCGACAGCUUAUUGGCUACUGAUGGGGCAUCUCUAAUGGACAGUAACUUACCUAGCAUGGUGACACCUCUCAUGUGGCCAGAAAUCCCACUCAAUGGCAACCGACAGCAUUAUCAACAGCAGUGGCAAUUCGAUGCAUUCCACCAACCACUAUGGGAGAGGGAAGAAGUCAACCAUAAUUUCAUAACGCCGGAAAACUCACUUUUGAGUUAUGACUCGUCGGCAAACUCAGCGUCUCUGCACUCAAAUCAGUUGAAGAUGGAGCUCUGAAAGCGUACAGAAGCCGUUUCGGUAGCUAUUAGCCUAGUAGUGUAUAUAUCAAAUAUAGUAUUCGCAGUUAGCAGUGAUUUGAGCGGUCUCAACAUUUAGCGGGAUUUCCAUGUCUUCUAUUUGUCAGAGGCGGUUGGAAACCUGGAUUUUCUUUGGCCAGAAGGGAAGAUGAAUUGGCAUGCGAUUCUUAUAUAAUAUUAUUAUUACUAUGUAUACUAACUAUAGGGGUUAUUCAAUCCAUGAGAUGAUUGAUUCAAGAUUGUAAAAUCAUAGAACGGACUGCUACUGAACUAUCAUCGGAGUGAGAUGCUUUGUUCAUUGAAUGCUACUUAAAUGAUUGGCUCUUUAUGAGGGUUUUCCUGAACAAGCUACUUUCAUUUUGAAUUA